AUGGCGAUCAAAAAUGUUGAAGAGCUAGAGAAAAUCUUCUCCCGUCGCCUAUAUUUUACUGUCUUUUACGUGGAAUGUUCAAGACUUGAGUGGUUUGAUACAGAACCUUAUUAUCAUAUCUACAUGAGAAGAGAUCUUACUCAUUUCGUGGACAAUGAGACAAUAAAGGAUUCAAACGGGAAUCCCAUGUAUAAGAUUCCAAUUGAUAUCGAAGCGGUGAGAAGAUCACUCUACGAUCACCGUGAAAUUUUACGGCGAUUCAUGCAUCGGCCCCGCACCGAACAUGUCUCAAUGCAUUACCUUCUUGACACACUUGAGGAUCAAGCUAAGGAGCAAAUUCCGAUUGAUCAACUGUCUGUCUUUUGUCCGUCAUUUUCGAGAACCUGUUUCCGAUGCUCAUAUAAUGGAAAUAAAGAAGAAGAUGAAGAUAACAAUUUCUUGAUUUUGCAUCCGAGAACAUUGACUUCUUGCACAGUUGUGACACAUGAUUUGUUGAUUGAAAGAGUGAAUUAUACGCCUUAUUCGUUGAUCUAUUUGAAGGGUUACGUGAACGUGCAUUUCUCGGAACUCAAAGCUUUACUUGAGUCAAUGAUCUCUUUGUUCGACUUUGAACAUUACUCACACGAAAUCGAUGAGGUAAACACGGCAGAAAUGAGAGAAGAAUUCGAAGAGCUGAGGGGAUUUCAAAACUACAAAUCCACAAUGAAAGAGGUGAUAAAGAAAUUUUGGGAUAACAUGGACCUCAAAUUAGCUCCAUCAAUGCAAGAACUCGAAGCAAUUGAGGUUAUUGUCCCAGAGAUUUCUUUGUUUCCUGCUGAAUACUUG